AUGUUUUUCACGUUUUUUAGGGAGAAAGUGAGACUGCAGAGAGCGCCAGAAGAACCUGCUCGUGAAGAAAGAGUCCGAAAAUUUGUCCCCAGCCGCGAGGAAGAGCAGAAAAAAUGCGUGCCGAAAAAGGUGGACCUGGAGAUCCUUUUGGACGUGAGCACCUCGAGGGAAGAUGUAUUUGAGGGGCAGCGUCAAUUGGCGAUGGCUCUAGUCGAAAAGCUUCCUAUUGAAUCCGGCCACAUCGCCAUCGGCAUCACCUCUUUCACACGAGAAGCCAAACUGCUACGCCGACUACAAACUACAACGGACCGAAGGGAAAUCCUUGACCUUCUCCGUCAUCUCGAAUACCGUGGCGGAUCCACACUAACGGCAAGGGCAAUCGGAGCCGCUCUCCAAGAUUUGCAUCAAAAUCGGAGAAAGGACGCGGAAGGAAUAAUCGUGCUUAUGAACGACGGCUUCUCUCAGGACCCAUGGAGCCACGUCCUCAAGGCUGCGAAAGCCAUCGAGAACGCCAACGUAAAGAGAUUUGGUGUUGCUCUGGGGGCAGAGGCUGAUCUACGAGAGCUGAGUCUGUACAUAGGAGCCCCGGAACGGCUGUACAGAGAUGCGACACGGAAUCGAUUUCUAGAAGACAUGCUGAAAGAAAUCGGCCAGGGUUGCCCGAAUGAGGAGCCAGAGAAGCCGACCCCUCGCCCGAAUCCCUGUGAGCCCGAGCAGCUUGACGUGGCCUUCGUUUUCGAUAAUUCUGUAAAUUCAACUAUCUCAUCCGAGCGGACAGUGAAUGGGAAUAAAUUCCUGCUGCUGGAUAUACUAGGCUCCCUCGUCGGCAUCACGGGAAUUCGAGCCUCCCUAAUCAGCACGGCCACCCCAUCGGUGGUUGCUGAUUUUAGCGAGAUACUGGAGCGAAAUCGGCUAUUUGUCGCGGCCAGAAACAUCCCAGCUGUCCAGAACGUGGCCGACUACCAUAAAGCCGUGACUUUUGCGCUGAAGGAAUUGCGGAAAAAUGCUAGAAAAUCUUCCCGCAAGGCCCUGAUCGUCGUGGGACCCGGAAGCCUAACAGAGGGCCCGAUUACUGUAGAAAUUCCUUCUGAAAUCACUCGUUACGCCGUCGACUCCUCCGACAAGACGUCGAUCCGGUCGCUGGAGAUGCUCACCGGGGCCAGGAAGCAUGUCUUCGAGUUUGAUAGGAAUGCCGACUUCGAGAAGGCGCUGUUGAAGCUGGCCUUGCCUAUUAGUCGGAUGUGCAAGGAUCUGCUCAUGAAAAACUUCGAGCCCACCGUCCACCUCAGCAAGAAGGCCAUCCCUGAUGCGGAGGAGACGACCAAGAAAACAACGACUCCAGGGAGUACGACGAGGGUCCCGAAGGUCUUCCGGAAUCUUGCUGCUCGAAUUACUAGAAGCACGGAAAAGCCGACGACGACGGCAAAAACCACAACCACCAAGUUGAGGUCAAGCUCGACUUCAAGGAGUUCGACUUCUUCGAGUACGGUAGCUCUCGAUGAGCAGAAGAUCGAGAAUUCGACGCAUUUUGUGAGCGGCUGUCUCCUUGACGUCCUCGUAGUACUCGACGCAUCCGGCAGCGUGGUGGAGACGUUCAUGCGCGAGAAGCAGCUCGUCGCCGACAUCCUCAACACGCUCAGGAUUGGACCGAAUAACGCGAGGGUAGCCGUCGUGAAAUUCGCAGCUGAAGGCAAAGUACGACGAGUCUGGGGCUUCGAUGACGUCCAGCAAAAAUCAGCAAUUCUACGAGCCCUCCACUCGACACCGUUUUCUUCCGGAACCACCGCCGCGCAUUCGGCGUUACAACGGGCAAUUUCCGAAUAUUCCUCUGCUCGUGGUGCUCGACCUGGUCGAGCCACUCCUAUCGCCAUUGUCUUUACAGAUGGUUUUGCGCAGAAAUCGAUCGAAUCCGAAGCUGCUCAGCUGCGACGGUUGAUUCCGAAUACAUUUGCCGUCGCUAUCAAUCAAAAUCAGCGCAUCAACCGCGACGUGCUGGAGACGAUCGCCGGCUCACGGAGCAGAGUUUUCACCGAUGAGGAUAUCCAGAGGUUCCUUGACACCCUGGCGGCGCAUGCAAAUGAUUGUCGACCG